AUGUCGAUGAGCCCCAAGCAUACUACGCCCUUCUCAGUUUCAGAUAUUUUGAGCCCCAUCGAGGAGAGCUACAAGAAAGUUGGCAUGGACGCAGCGGGUAACCUCGGAGCUCACUUGACAACUUACCGACAGCCACAGGUCUCCCAGCCGGGAAUGCAGCAGCAUUCUAUCGGACAUAAUACGUCGGUACCUGCGGCGACCUACCACAUGUCACACGGGGUCCCCCAGCUUUCACAUGCUGCUAUGGGAGGCUACUGCAACAGUAACAUUGGCAACAUGGGCGAUCUUCCCGCUUACCAAGAUACCAUGAGGAACAGUGCAAGUGCGACAAGCUGGUACGGGACGAAUCCGGACCCACGCUUUUCAUCCAUUUCCCGCUUUAUGGCCCCGUCUUCAGGCAUGAACAUGGGCGGAAUGGGGGCUCUGGGUUCUCUUGGAGACGUUGGCAAACCCAUGGCUCCUCUCCAGAGUACGCCUAGGAGAAAACGCAGAGUGCUUUUCUCUCAAGCCCAGGUUUAUGAGUUAGAGAGGCGUUUCAAGCAGCAAAAAUACCUCUCAGCCCCUGAAAGGGAACAUUUGGCCAGUAUGAUCCAUCUCACGCCUACUCAGGUGAAGAUCUGGUUCCAGAACCACCGCUACAAGAUGAAGCGACAAGCGAAAGACAAAGCAGCGCAGCAACACAUGCAGCAGGACAGCAACACUUGCCAGCAACAGCAACAAUCUCCAAGAAGAGUAGCUGUACCUGUCCUGGUUAAAGAUGGUAAACCGUGCCAAGGAGGUGCCAAUGCCCCAAUCUCCACCAUUCAGCCUCAGCAGCAACAAUCUACGACUACCGCAAUCUCUGUGGCUACCAAUGGCGCAACUCACGGCCCAAGUCAGCAAGCAAAUAGCGCAGGUCAGACAUCGGAAUUAGGACAAACCUCAGGAAGUCCUUCUUCUAUCCAAAGCCACGUCACUAGUUUGUCUCACCUAAACUCUUCUAGUUCUGAUUAUGGUACAGCCAUGUCAUGCUCUACUUUAUUGUAUGGUAGGACCUGGUGA